AUGGCGCAUAUAAUUCAGCUUAGCCUUAAUAAGCUCCUAUAUCGGAUCAAAGCAAAGCCAAAGAACGACACAGUAGAUAUAGUGUGGACCGAUAAGCUACAGAAGGCUUCUACCCAGCGAGGACAGAAAGGGGAUAUUGUAAACACCCUCGAUAGGCCUAAGGCUAAUAAUAUAUAUGCGCAUAGCACUAUCCUCGCACCAAAGGAUAAGUUACAGUACUUCAAACGCAAGGAAUAG